GUGACACCGUUCAUUUGUUGUUAGUUCCGAAGCGAUCUCUUUUUUAAGCGUUUUAUUAACGUAUCAAUUGCAUUCUUGUCUUUAGUUCCUCCAACAAACUUUGAAGCAUGUGAACGAUGCGGACUGGAAAUGUUGCCUGGCUGCUUCCAUUGGAAAGCAGAUUUCACUUUACCACUCUUCUCCACAAGGCAAGGGCUGUGCAGAAUCUAUCGGUUAUUGUGCUCAGGGGCAUAUAGAUAUGAUUCUUACAAAGCUGGAGAAUUUGGCGAAACAGGAAUAUCAAAAAAAGCAGACGGGUUUCUUUGGUUUUCUUAAGGACACCCUUCCAGUGAAGACCGAAGCCGAUUACGAAAGAAGCUACCUGAAAGCAACAUUGAUGCUUUGUUACGGAUUUGUGGUCAUUCACUGUCCUGUUAACCUCUUGGUUAUAAAGCUUGAAAACGUUAUCAUGCGUUUUUUGUCGCCGUACUUCGAAAACCCGAUGGAUGACAUCAUCCGACAGAGUCUUCUGGAAACAAUGCGGAACAUCGCGAUAUCCGUUCAUCCGACCCGAAUUCGUUAUGAUUUCCCAUUCCGACCGCAGAUGCUGCAUUACAUUAUGGUUAAAAUUUAA